AUGAAUGAAUUCUGCAAUACUUGUUAUUUAGUGAUGUAUAUUAAGGAAAAUACUAAAAACAAUAUCUUAUGAGUGUCACUAAAAUUAUCAAGUCUCUUGAGGAGAUUAAUUCACAAUAUGGAACGAGCUUUGUUCUAAUUACAAAAAAUAUUGAUUUACAUUCGAAAUUCGAAAUAUUCAAUUCUUCUAACUUUGAUAAAGAAAAGAUAAACCAUUUGCGGUCAAUUAUUGUUGAUGGAAAUGAAAGGUAUGAAGAUAACAUCUGCGAGAUCAAACCUGUUUUAAAGGAAUGUUACUUAUUAGAAAUCUCGAAGAGAUCAACGCUUCAAUUAUUCGACCAGUACUACGAUUUAAUGAGUUCGCUAAGUCAAGCUGUUUGCAAGACAAUUGCAAAAGAAUGGAUUAAAGUUGCGGAACCCAAAAAACAAGCCCUUUAUCCGUACAAAUUCUAUAACACUUCCAAACCACCGUGGUGGCCUGCCAGAGUGAAUCAUAUCGAGCCGGAUCAUUUGGACAAGGAUAGUAGAAUUAAUGUACUUAUAAACAUCCUACGCAACCCGUCAUUUGAUAUACAAGCUUUGAAAUUACGAACAAGUGUUUUAGAAUUCAAAUACCCCAUUACCCUAAGAAUUUUGAAUGAAAUAUACUAUUUGGCAGUGUAUGACAGGCUAUUCUUUGGAAAAGGAAGAGAGAACGAAGUACAGGCGGGGAUUCUUUCCAAGUUGGCCUAUGAGGAAAGGGAAAAGCUUAAUUCAGAUAAGAUUGGCAUUGUUGUCAGUGAUAUUAGAAGUGCCAGUGCGGGUAUUAGACACCGGGGUUUAA